UGCCUCAUGGGUUAUGAUCAUGAACAAGGGACCACAUCCAACUCGGGUACGCUGCCAGGUGGAAGAUGCGCCCUGCUACUUUAACUUUCAACCGAGGGAGAAUCAAGGAAGGCACAAGCCCAAAUUCCCGAUGCAAGACGACCUGCUUAGACAAGCUCGACGUCAUCACUUCAUCAUUGGGUCUGGAUGUGUUACAAUCCUCAUUCUAGUGGGAGCCGUGAUAGCGCUUGGCUUUUGGGUUUUUCAGAUGAAACAAGCUCUGGAGAAGGCCCAGUCCUGCCCAGGAUCCAGCAAUGGAACACAGCAGACCAGGACCACCCCAGGGCAGUGUCAGGCUCUGCGGCAGUUUCUGUGCAGGCCACAUGGCAAUCACGUAGCAGAGAAUUCAGAUUGUAGGCUCUGCCCUGAAAACUGGCAGCGCCAUGGAGACAAGUGCUACUGGAUUUCCAGAGAGAAGGAAACCUGGAACAAGAGCCAGAAUGACUGUGCAGCAAAAGACUCUCAACUUGCUGUGAUACAAAAACAGGUGGAAUUGGAUUUCAUACGUCAUAAAACAAAUGGAGGGCAGCUUCUGUGGAUUGGAGUGACCACCAUACCUCCUGCCCAUGAAUGGUCUUGGGUAGAUGGCUCCCCACUAAAUGACACACUAUUGCAAGUCACAGGUCUUGCUGAAGCGAACAGCUGCGGGAUGCUGAAGGGGAACAGAGUUAAUUCAGAAGCCUGCAGUGCCAUAGCCAAGUGGAUCUGUGAGACGGAAGUUCGUCUGGUGUAAAUAAUAAAGGAAGGAAAGAGAGGA